AUGGCUGAUGAAGUACAAGAAGAUCUCUGUAUUAAUUGCUUGAAAGAAGACAUUAAUCUAAUCAGAGUUGAAUGUGGACAUAAUAUCUGUAUGUCUUGCUUCAGGAACAAAACUGCUCCACCUUUAUGUUGCACUAUAUGCUGGGAAUUCUCCCAGCUAAGAACUCGAGUUGAUAUGGCCAUGUACCCUGAAGGAGAAGGCAUGUGUGAGAUACACAGGGAAGACCUCAAGUUAUUCUGUGAAAGGAAGAAGACCCUGCUUUGUGUGACCUGUUCUAAGUCAGGAAGUCAUGAUAACCACAUACACUGGCCCAUUGCAGUGGCUGCUCUGUGCUACAGGAAGAAGAUUCUAUGGCAAAUAGAAGUCUUGAACAGAAAGCUCAAAAUAGUUCAGCAAAUUCUAUUAAACGAAAAGGAGCAACCUCUGGUCUGGGCUGUGGCAUGGAAUUUUGUGGGGAAGGAGAACAAAAAGUUCAAUGAGCUAAAUCAAAGGCUGAAGGAAAUAGAAGCCAUACAAGAACAUCAUAUCAUGCAGAAAAAGAAGGAAUGGGAGACCAUGAUGUCCAACCAAAAUAGAUGCCUAACAUCUGUGAUUACAGAGCUGGAGGAAAAGUUGCACAAGCCAGAUGUAGCAGUGCUACAGGAUAUGGCAGAAAUCUUGGAAAGCAAUUGUAUUCGGCUGAAUUUGCAACCUUUCAUAACAAGAUUGGAUGUUUCUUAUAUCACUGAGGUGAUCGAAUUUUUAAAAGUCUUUGAAAGACAUAGACUGUCAGAGAGAUGCCAUUUCUAUGAUUUGUCUGAGGAGAAAAAGAGGGCAAUCAGAAUUGUUCCUGGCUUCUCAGCCCUCUCAAUUGCUUCUUUUACCCAGGAAAUCUUGAGAUUAUGUCUCUCUCCAAAUGGCAGGAAUCUGAGCCCAGGGGGAAGCUUCAAGACUGUCCCAGCAUUCAAUGUGUGCCCUCUCAGUGAUCCAGAGCGCAUGGACUCCUGA